AUGAAUAUAUUUAUUGAACCACCAGACCCUCACGUAUUGACUGAUGAAGAUUCGGGCAAUGGAGAUGAAGGUGCAUAUACUUCUAAUUUAUCAGCUCGUCAAUUAACUGCCGGAGCAGAAAUAAGUGGAACUAAUAUUAUAGAUGAAAAUACGAUUGCACUCGAAAUUGUUGACGAGUUGGAGGAUACUGAUAUCAAAAUACCUGAUAACGAAAAAACUACUGAUUGGGUAAAAGUAGAGCAAUCCAAAUUAUAUGUACUUUUCAAAAAUGUUAAUGAUUUCGAUGUCACUAAUGAUGAAAUUAAAUGCUUUAUUGGUAUAUUGAUACUAAGUGGAUAUAAUGGACUUCCUGGAAAACGGUUUUAUUGGGACUCAUCAGAUGACGUAGGGAAUUCAUUAGUCAAAGAUUCAAUGCGCAGAGAUCGCUUUAUUUCAAUUAUGCGUCUUAUACAUUGUGCUAAUAAUAUUGAAAUUAAUGUAAACGACAAAGUUUGGAAACUGAGGCCAGUAAUGGAUAUGUUGAAAGAUAAAUUUUUAAUACAUUUCGUACCCUCUCAUAAUUUAAAUUACGAUGAAUCAAUGGUUAAAUACUUCGGAAAACAUAGCUGCAAGAAAUUUAUACGUGGAAAACCAAUCCGAUUGGGAUAUAAAAUUUGGUGUUUGAACGCUCUAGACGGGUAUCUCAUAAAUUUUGAUUUUUACCAAGGAAUUAGUCCGAAAAGAAAAGUAUUGUACGAAAACAUGUUUGGGAAAUGCACAGAUCCAUUUAUAAAAAUGCUUGCAAAAUUUCCUAAGGAAAAGAAAUAUUUACCAUACAGAUUUUAUUUUUACAACCUUUUUACUGGCCUCAACUUACUCAAGUUUUUAAAAAUAAAUGGUUAUCAUGGUACUGGGACUAUAAGAGAAAAUAGAUUGCUUAAAAACUGA